AUGGCUGAAUCAAUCGGCGUAGCGUCGGGUAUUAUAACUCUGGCUGCCUUCGCUCUCAAGUCCGCCAGCAAACUACGCGCUGAAAUUCAGUCUUUCCACUCUCAACCAAGCCAAGUUCGCGAGCUACUGACAGAACUAUCUGGCCUGAGUUUUGCCUUGAAACCCCUUUCUGAAACUGGUGACCUUGGCCUUGAUGUAGAUCUUGGUGCUUUGAAACUCACGUUAGAGCAGUGCGCGCAAGCUUGCGAUAAUGUCAAGACGGAGCUUCUUACCUACUGUUCCCGAUCUGGCCUUGACCACACGAGCUUCCGCGAUUGGCUUAAAUUGAAAUGCAGCGGUGGUGAUGGUAUUGCAGGCUUCCGACAGCAGCUCAUCGGAUAUAAGUCUACUAUAACUGUCGCGCUUAGCUUCGCAAACCUGCAAACAUGCAGAGACUCGAUUGCGACCUCAACUGUCGAUUUAGAGGCCCACCUUGAAGAUGUCUUGCAGAAACUCGAAGCUCUCUCUCCGCGUGUCACUGCCGACUCCUUCCCGGAUGCGGUCAUCCGUCGCUAUAUGGAGAAAGAACGACUGAGCACGGAGAAGGCUCUCCAGUUCUGCACCGUACUUUCAGAACAAAUCGAACAGAUCCAGGCUGAAUUUCAAAACAGCCAGGAUCCCGACUCAACCUCGGAGAUGCUAUUCGGCGAGGGGCUCCAAGGUUGUGUGCACCACAUGCGCUUCACGCUGGCUCGCCUUGAGGAACAUCAGAAAAGCGUCGCUGAGCGGUUGGGCGCUGGCUUCAAUACGGCGUCAGCAGAAGACCGGGCCUCGUUCGAUAGACUUCAGAAUGAAGCCAAGACGGUGCGGCACUGCCUAGCGUUUUGCUCAGAUGUCGAUACCUACGUGGAGUCACAGAUUAGCAAUAUCGAAAAUCACGCAGAAGGCGAUGACACGAUCCAGUUUUUGGUUUCAACAAAUAACAAGCCGAUCAACGGAAAGAACCGAGGCAUUGGCAAGAGACAAAAGCAGGCUGGCGGACAUUUUGGAGAAGCUUCUCUUCAACAGAUGUCCCAAGACUUUAAGAGCAUUGCCAUCCACCAGAACGGUCACUCGGAACAGGAGAAACAACGUUCGGCAACACCAUCAGGAAAUGAAUCUCCAUCGGCCAGCCCCCAGUCACAAUUCGGCAAUCGCCAUGGCCCAGGUUUCGUGCUUGCAAAAACUCCAGCCUCUAAGCUUCCGUCAGAUACGGUAGAAUGA